CCCCCAUUCCUCCACUCCCAUCCGCUUCUGCACUCGCAAACGCUCCCGAGGCACUCGCGAGCACAUCGAUCCCUCUGCUUCUCUUUGGUUUAGGGUAGCCUGCGAUUCUGCAAGGUGAAAGCUUGUGUUUGUGGAAGGUUUGGGCUGCCCAUCGUCGUUUGAUUAGCAUCCCGAGGCGGUGCAGUUGUAGUGGUGGUUGUCAGCAAUGGCCGGCGGCGUGGUGGCGAACACCGGAGGGGGGAAGGACUACCCCGGCAAGCUCACUAUGUUCGUGCUCCUCGCCUGCAUCGUCGCCGCCACCGGCGGCCUCAUCUUCGGAUAUGACAUCGGCAUCUCCGGUGGUGUGACGUCGAUGAACCCGUUCCUGAUGAAGUUCUUCCCGUCGGUGUACCGGAAGGAGCAGGAGGCGGAGCGGAACCAGAGUAACCAGUACUGCAAGUUCGACAGCCAGCUGCUCACCAUGUUCACCUCCUCGCUCUACCUCGCCGCGCUCGUCGCCUCCUUCUUCGCCGCCACCGUCACGCGUUUGGCCGGGCGCAAGUGGUCCAUGUUCGGCGGCGGCGUCACCUUCCUCGUCGGCGCCGCGCUCAACGGCGCCGCCAAGGACGUGGUCAUGCUCAUCCUCGGCCGCGUCCUCCUCGGCAUCGGCGUCGGCUUCGCCAACCAGUCGGUCCCUGUGUACCUGUCGGAGAUGGCGCCGGCGCGGCUGCGCGGGAUGCUCAACAUCGGCUUCCAGCUGAUGAUCACGAUCGGCAUCCUGUGCGCGAACCUGAUCAACUACGGGACUGCCAAGAUCAAGGGCGGGUGGGGCUGGCGCGUGAGCCUCGCGCUGGCGGCUGUGCCGGCGGCCAUCAUCUCCGUGGGCGCGCUCUUCCUGCCCGACACCCCCAACUCCCUCAUCGACCGCGGCUACACCAACGCUGCCAAGCGCAUGCUGAAGCGCGUGCGCGGCACGGACGACGUGGAUGAGGAGUACAACGACCUGGUGGUCGCCAGCGAGGAGUCCAAGCUCGUGGCCCACCCUUGGCGCAACAUCCUGCAGCCGCGGUACCGCCCGCAGCUCACCAUGGCCAUCGUCAUCCCGAUGUUCCAGCAGCUGACCGGCAUCAACGUCAUCAUGUUCUACGCGCCGGUGCUCUUCAAGACGCUCGGGUUCGCGGACGACGCGUCCCUCAUGUCCGCCGUGAUCACGGGCCUCGUCAACGUCUUCGCCACCUUCGUCUCCAUCGUGACCGUGGACCGCCUCGGCCGCCGCAAGUUGUUCCUGCAGGGCGGCACCCAGAUGCUGGCCUGCCAGAUCGUGGUCGGCAGCCUGAUCGGCGCCAAGUUCGGGUUCUCCGGCGUGGCCGAGAUCCCCAAGGCGUACGCCGCCAUUGUGGUGCUCUUCAUCUGCGCGUACGUGGCCGGGUUCGCGUGGUCGUGGGGACCGCUGGGGUGGCUGGUGCCCAGCGAGAUCUUCCCGCUGGAGAUUAGGUCGGCGGGGCAGAGCAUCAACGUGUCGGUGAACAUGCUCUGCACCUUCAUCAUCGCGCAGGCGUUCCUGCCCAUGCUCUGCCGCUUCAAGUUCAUCCUCUUCUUCUUCUUCGGCGCCUGGGUCGUCGUCAUGACCAUCUUCGUCGCGCUAUUCCUCCCCGAGACCAAGAACGUGCCUAUCGAGGAGAUGGUGCUCGUCUGGAAGGCGCACUGGUACUGGGGCAGGUUCAUCCGCGACGAGGACGUGCACGUCGGCGCCGACGUCGAGAUGCCCAAGUCCAACGGCAAACUCGACGCCGCCAAGCUCGCCAUGUAGUAGCCGUGACGUUCCGAACUUCGCUGACGGUGUUCGGCAAUAAUUUAGUCAUAUCAUUAUUCUGGUUUAGCGGGAAAUUUAAAAAUGUUAAGGAUUCUCUGUAUUAUAAUUGUCUCAUUAGCUAGGAUGACUGGGUGAUGACGAAAAGUCAAAUGGUAUUCUUCUUUUUGCAAAAUUUGUGUUUUUGUUUCCUUUGUGUCGGAUACUCAAUGUGGGAUAUGGUUUGGAUCAAAUAUGAAUAUGAAUACAAGUUGCAAAAUUUAUGCCUU